AUGGCCGGCCCUCCAGGAUAUCCGAUCGCUUCGUAUCAACCCCUGAAGCUAUUCUUCCAGCUUUUCCAUGGCAGCACCAUUCUGGCCCGUCUUCCGCUCUGGCUGCUUCAAGCGGUGGUACCGGCGCUGCGACCACACCGAAAAUGGACCGUGAAGCAGACCUUGAUGUGCCGGUUGAUGUAUGCUCUCGUGGACAUGAACUCGCGCAUCGGAAUCACAGAGCCAAUCUCCCUCAAGCCAAACAAAGAAGGCGGACGCUUCCAGGUCAUUGAUCCUCCCGGCGCGGACGAUUUCAAAGGGCCACUGUCGACGACGAGAGCCAGCCCCGGCAAGGUGGGCGCGACCUGGUUCCCCGAGGCCCCAAGUAAGGAUCCGGGAUCCAAGAUAAUCGUGCUCUAUAUCCAUGGCGGCGCCUUCGUCAUGGGCGAUGGCAGAGAGGAGUUUGCAGGGUUCGCAGGUAGGAAUCUGGUGACGGCGGCCAAGGCAGACGCAGUAUUGUCGCUCCAAUAUCGACUCUCUGGUUACGCCGGACGUGACCCUUUCCCUGCGGCAUUGCAGGACGCGCUCGCGGCAUACUUAUACCUCCUCCGCGAACUCGGCGUUCCUUCAAGUCAGAUCGUGCUCUGCGGCGACAGCGCCGGUGGUAAUCUGGUCAUUGCUCUCCUGCGAUACAUCCAAGAGUUCGGCGGCGAUCUGAGCAUUCCCGCUCCUCGGUGUGCCGCACUCUUCUCGCCUUGGGUUGCGCCAUUGAGCUACAACGUUCAUCAGAGCCCGAGGGCGCAUUCUGACUUUCUUCCCACCUCGUUCUUGCGAUGGGGAGCUCUAUCGUACAGCGCCAACUUGGAGGAUCCUGGUUCGCAUCCAUACAUCACACCGCUGGGCCAUUCGUUCAAGACCGGAGUGCCUCUGUUCGUCAACGUAGGCACGGCGGAGAUAUUCUUCGGUGACAUUGAGCGGUGGGUGAAAGAGAUGCAGAAGGUCGAACGCAACCAGAUUGAUUUUCACAAAGAGGACGCGGCUCUGCACGAUACUUUCCUGCUCGGGAAUGUGUUGGGCUUUGAGGAGAGUGCUCUGGAAAAGAUGAGCGUGCUAGGAGAAUUUAUUCGCAACCUGAAGGUUUAA